AACUUCUGGGCCAGCCUCCAUGGCCAGGUUCCGGGCUUGCUGGAUUGGGAUAUGGGCAACGAGUGCUUCUUGACCUUCACCACGACACACUUGUCCGAGGCCGAGCAGAAACUUGCCCUGUACAGACUCCAACUUGUUGAACCACCAAAACUGCCUUUGGAAAAAAAAACCAACCCUGAUAAAGAUGGUCCAGACAUUAAGCCCAAUCUGUGGAUGUGGGUGAACCCAAACAUGGUGUAUCCUCCCGGCAAGCUGGAGGUCGCAGUGAAAGAGGAAGACCAGAGUGCGCUGUCUGCCUUCCAGCCAGCCCUGAAAGAGGAAGAAGACAGCUGUUCAGAAGCUUCGGAGGUACAGCAGCCAUUGCCUCCUUGCAGGCAGAAGAGGAAGCAGAGGAGAAGCACAGUGCCUCUUCCCCUAGCACCUGGGAGGAGGGCUCCACUCGAGAAUCCGUGGAGGCUUCCGCAAGCCAUCAGCCCAGAGGGGAGGCUCUGGUCCCGGCCCCCUCUCCAUUACUUCCAUCUGAUUGCCUUGGCACUCAGAAACAGUCCCCCCUGUGGCCUCAGUGUACAGCAGAUCUACAGUUUCACUCGGCAAAAUAUAUGCCUACUCAGCGCUCAAGAACAUAACCACUCCUACCCCUUCGCCACUUACAAUCCAGCUGUCCCUCAAAUACCAAUUCUCCUGGGUCGUUACAGUUUCUCCUACCCUGUCCCCAAAGAUUAGCCAGAAUAGAAUCCAGCAUCCCCCAAAACAUCUCCGCUUUCUGCCCCUUAGACUGUCCUGCCUGGCACAGAACCUUGUACCUCCAAGGGUCAUGGAAGCCUCACUGAGAAUUUGCAUUGUGUGUGUCUCUGUGUGUUGUGUGAUCAUUGAACUUAGGGCCUCUUUUUUUGAGACAAGGACUCACUUUGUAGCUCAGGCUGACUUGAAUCUCACUGUAUAGACUGGACUAGCCUUGAAUUCAGAGACCUUCCUUGCCACUGCCUCCCAAGUGACAGGGUUUCUGUGUGUAGCGCUGGCUGUCCUAGAACUCACUAUGCAAACCAGGCUGCCUUCAAAAUCAGAGAUCUACCUGCCUCUGUCUCUUGAGUGGUGGAAUUAAGGAUGCGCUACCAUGACCGGCUAACCUUUCGCUUUGAUAGUCAUACAUAAGUGUGAGGGAGGUCUUCCCUGGUAUCAGACAAAGAGCCCCGUGUCUCAGAGUGUUUAUCUUGGGUGGUUUAAUCCUAUUCUUGGUUCUGCUUUGUUCCCACUGUCAAAAUCUCCAGCCCUCGAGCGAGGGGCGAAAAUGAGACUGAGACUGGGGAUAUUAUACUGGGCUUAGAAGAAGACGUUUCUCAGCCCUAGCAUGGUGGUGCAGGCCUGUGAUCCCAGCACUCAGGAUUCAGAGGUAGGAGGAGGGCCAGGGGUUUAAGGUCAUCCUCAGCUGCUCAGUGAGUUCACGGUCAGUCUGGGCUACAUUAGACUGUCUCAAAGAUGGAAAGAAGGAAAAAGAAAAACGAUGGUUCGGGCUGGCAAGAUGGCUCAGUGGUUAAGAGCGCCAACUGCUCUUCCGAAGGUCCUGAGUUCAAAUCCCAGCAACCACAUGGUGGCUCACAACCACCAGUAAUGAGGUCUGCUGCCCUCUUCUGGUGUUUCUGAAGUCAGCUACAGUGUACUUACAUAU